AUGCUGCCAGACGACCAUCCCGCCGUCGUGGCAGAAUUGGAGAGGCGUACCAACAUUCGUGCAAAGGCCAAUGUCAAAGACUCCAAGGACACAGGGGAGACAACAGUUAUUGGGUCUAAACGGGGAGGUGGCAAGAAAGCAAAAGAACCCAAAUCAAAGGCUGAUGGCAAAAAUAAGGGUACCGAAGACACAUCAGAUUCUGGGAAGUGGCAGCUCGCACAUCAGCAGCUCGCAGAAUCACGUGGUAUCAAUUGGCCCUUGGCUGUUCCUGAAGAUCUCCAGGGGCACCCUUGGUUUGAGACCUUAAGCCUUCGCGAAAAGGAAGAGUCUUGUCAUGCUACAGUCAGCGCAGCGCACGCCGACAUCGACUGCAACAGUGACCCGGCUGCAGAGGUUCCCACAAUAUUGCCAUCAUCGAAGUUGAUGGACCUGGAGCGCCGCCGCUUGCUUAUUGGUCGAGAGCUUUUGCAUCUCCAGGGAAUUCAAUUUGAUCCUGAAGUUCGAGAUCGCUUGUCAGAGAGCCAAAUGAGCGACCUUGCUGGAAAUGCGUUUGCCUCUACAUCUUGUAUGGCUAUAUUCAUUGCCAUGAUCCUGGAGCUGGAAUUUCGUACUGAGUCAGAAUCCGAUGAGGAAGGCGAAGUCCUAAACCUUGUUGAAAAAAUUGCCCGUCAAGGGCAAACUUUAGAUUUAAACUGA